UCGUUUCAAGACAGGCACUGACGAAUGACAAAAUCAUUUCACCGGCAACUAACAUGUCCUGGGGUUAUAACUUAUUUAUGCUAUGCAUAUCAGAUUACUGUCUACCAAGAGAGGCCCUGGGUACCACGAUGCAAUCUACCUAUAACGCACUAUUUAUUCGUACAGAAAAACUCGAGAAUAGAAGAACAGAAAAAGCAGAGAAUAUAUUGCAUCAUUAGCGAUAUUGGUCAAUGCUGAAUUGUUCUUAUAUUGUUUGUGUUUGGCUUCUGAUGAAGAUCCUGGCAUGGAUCGCAGGCUCUGGUUUCGAGAUCGAAGAUCUGUUUAUUUUGCGCAAUGGUGCGCUUAUGCCUCCCGGUGAUGUUUCGAUUCCUACAAAAUAUGCAAAUAUUUUGUGUUUUGUUCAUGACGCACUAAAAUGCGAAGAAUAAGUUUGAAAUCACUCAGAACAGAACAAUAUAAUUGCUGUGAUCGUAUUUCAACACCCGGUGGAAUACAGGCGUAACAAGCUCCUUGGUUAAAUAUGUCAAAAAAUUAAUAUUUAAUUUGCGACGGAAUCCGGCAAAAAAAAGGCGUAUCUAAGUUCGAUUGUUAUUUCAUCAUCUCAUGAACUAAAUAUGGGCGUUUUUUCUUAUGUUCGGUGCAAUUUCUUGCUGGUAUUUUACGGCAUUUUGUUAACGUGUCCUACAGUUUGCUUCGCUGUUACUGAGGUCGACGUACUCAUCCUAGGAGCUGGUAUCUCAGGAAUCACUGCGGGAAGUUACCUCCAAAGCAACGGACAAACGAAUUUUCUCAUCCUCGAAGCACAAGAUUACGUCGGUGGUCGUGUGAAGCAGGUUAAAAUCGGCGGUUUGACAGUAGGUGAUGGUGCAAACUGGGUACAUUAUGUCGAGGAUGGAGAUGAAAAUCCAAUUCUGGUAAUCGCAAAUAAAAUUAAUCUCACGAGAUAUUCGACGAACAUCAGCGAUUUCACUCUGAGGAACUCUAUCCACCAGAAUAAGGAACUUGGCAAGGCUUAUAAAACCGUCGAAAAAUUGGGAAUGAAACUCACUGAGCAAAACGAGAACAAUGCGCAAUUGAGUGGGGACGAGCCAUUGAGUUCAGUUUUUGCCCAACACGGCUGGAUGCCAGAUACAGCUUUGAAACGAACAGCCGAAUGGUGGUACUUUGAUUAUGAAUAUGCUGUGAAACCUGCACUGUCCUCUUUCCGACACUUUGGAGGCAUUCCCAUGGAAAAUGAGUAUAUCACGGACAAUCGUGGAUUCAAAGGUAUCAUUGACUAUUUAUCCCAAAACAUCACGGGUAAAUUUAAAACAGAAAAGGUCGUAACGCAUAUAAAGUUGAAUACUUCGAACGGAAUCGAAGUUCGGACGAGAGAUGGUGAAACGUUCAAGGCAAAAUAUGCUCUUUGUACUUUCAGCACAGGUGUUUUAGCUUCGGAUUUGGUAACAUUUGAACCAGAAUUACCGAAAUGGAAGAAAGUUGCUAUAAGUAGAUUGCCUCUUGCCUAUUACACCAAUAUUUACGUGAAGUUUCCGAGCGCGUUUUGGGAUGAUACCGAGUUUAUUUUGAAUGCUGGUUCCUUGACUGAAACAUUUCCUCUCGUGUAUAACCUUAACAUAAAAGAUUUUCACCGUGGUUCAAAUGUGUUGUUAUUCAGUGCAGUUGAUGAGAAUUCUCUUCGCAUUGAAGCACAGAGCAAAAAUGCGACAAAAGCUGAGGUCAUGAAAUCUUUGAGAGAAAUGUAUCCCAACGUCAAUAUUCCAGAACCUUUAGAGAUGACCGUGGGUAGUUUUAGUCAAAAUCCGUACAUCCGCGGUUCCUUCAGCAAUGCUGCGGUUGGUGCCACCUCAGCCGACUUUAAUAAUUUACAAGGACGCCUGGGUAACCUUUUCUUCUCGGGGGAAGCGACAAGCGAGAAUUAUUGGGGAUACAGCCAGGCUGGGUACUCUACUAGUUUAAAGCAAGCCAAGGUGAUCCACAGCUGUCUCAAUGGUGGAGAGUGCCCAGCUUAUGAGCCCGAGAUUGCUAGUAUUUGUGAAAGUAAGAACAUUGUUCCUAGUUCGGCGAGUAUCGGCCUGUAUUCACCUGCUUGUUUCAUCUUGAUUAUUCUGUUUAUGUUAUUCAACUAACUUGAUUCGUCAAACACUUAUUGCCACUGAUAUCUACAUUCAUUAUAUGAUUGCAAACAAUUCGCUAAAAUAAAAAGCACUUUUGAUUCUGAACGUUUCUGUCUUAGUACUCUUGGUCGACUGUUAUACCUUUGGAAUUUAAAGUGUUUGUCGGACAACUAGGGGAGGAUGGACAAUAACCAGAACGCAUAAAUUGACAGGAA